CUCAAGCUUAGUCCGAGAUAUCUUCUAUAUUCACUAUGUAGUCUCACAAUCCUCGCAUUGUGUGUGCCGCGAAAUUUAGAGGAAGCGAAAAGCUUCGUAUCCAAACAGAAAAAAUGCAGUCUGCUGUCAACACUGUAUCUGUAAGUCAUUCACUUUUUUCGCGCCGUUGUGUGCUUGUCAAAAUAAAAUUUUAAUUUUGUUUUUUGAAGUUUUAAAGUGUUUAAUCUAAAAAUGCCGAAAAGGAAACGCGAGUGCAAUGAAGAAAAGUACCUUAGAAGAAAGGUUAAAAAGCUGAAACGGAAAUUAAAGAAAAGAAAAUCGAGCGAAGUUCGCUGCGAGUCUUCUUCGUCGUCUUCAUCGCCAACACCGACGUAUGAGGCAGAAAGCGACGCUGGUGAUAUUGAAAUACCCGACACGGAACUUGCAGGCAAGUUUUUUGUACAGGAAAUAACCUGUUUAUUGAUCUUUCCUGUCUUCUAUGACAUGUGGUACAUGUUAUACAGGCACUCCGGGGGAGUGAGAUCACCAUGGGGAUAUCCCACCCUGUACAGCGCUGUUGCAUUAGAACGCUUUGUGUCACUGAAUCAAACAUGGUUUGGUCUAUUUCUAGGUGCUGAAGAAUGUGUAGACAAUACACAAGAUGAAGUCCCUUCAACAUUGGAUGAUUCAAUUAUAAGGGCUCUAGGGCAGACCUUAUCCACAGAAAAGGAAUAUGGCCCAGAUAUUCACCCGGAGCUGGUGAAAAGGAUCGAAGGUAUUUUAACAAAAGGCUUAAAUCAAGAAACAAAGGAGGAAUUAAUGAAAAAAUAUCUAGUACCUGCCAACGUGAAGCUUUUAGAUGCUCCAAAACUAAAUAAAGAAUUAGAAGGAUUGCUGAGCGAUGCCAUGAAGGCCCGAGACAAACGGGUACAGGAUCGUCAACAACAAAUGGGUAUAGCAACAGCGGCCUUGUUGUGCGCUACUGACACACUGAUUAGGGGUGAUGUAGACAAAAUAAAGUUAAUUUCAACAAUUAGUGACGUCACUCGGCUGUUGACAGACCUGCAUUACCAGGACACGGUAACUCGGAAGAAGUUGAUUAUUCCAAGCUUAGACAAAAAUGUGGGGAAAACUGUAGAACAUCAGGACAGAGAUGGAUAUCUAUUCGGUGAAAAUUUUAAUGAAAACGUAAAAUCGGCUACGGCCAUUAAAAAAUCGGCUGGCACGAUUCUUAAACAAAUAAACCCCAAUAAUAACAGGAAAAAUACAUACAAACCGACUCAGUUCCCCAAGAGUUUUCCUAAAAAGCAGGGAAACUACAAGGGCCCUCCUCGAGCCAGUAUGACGCAGUACAAACAGGGAGGGGGGGGCAGGUAUCACCAGACACAGAACUACAAGCCGAGACCCCCACCACGUCCUCCAGCCAAGGCGCCUGUUCGACAAUCAUAGAGAACACUACACCCACUGUACAACAGUCUUUCCCUGGGAGCCUGCAUCUUAUCAGGGAAGCGUUCCAGAGAAAAUUAACUCCUGAUGAAACAAUAGAAAUUAUGGUAGCUUCCUUAUCACAAAACACCAUAAAACAAUAUAACACAGCGCUUAAAAAAUGGUGGUAUUUUUGUAAUGGGGUAAACAUUUAUGAAUUGUCUAUACCUAAAAUUUUAAAAUUUCUCACAGAAAUGUUGUCACAGGGCGCCUCAUACGCUACCCUCAAUACUUGUCGUUCAGCGCUUUCUCUUAUUAUAGAUAAUAGUGUAGGAACUGAUUUACAAAUAAAGAGAUUUUUUAAGGGAGUUUUUAAAAUAAAACCAUCUCGCCCUAAGUAUAACGACACAUGGGAUCCAUCUGUCAUUUUAAAUCAUAUUCAGAAUUGGUCACCAAACAGCAGCCUUAACUUAGAAAAAUUAACAAAGAAAUUAGUUAUUUUAUUGGCUCUCACAACGGCUCAGCGGAUUCAAACGUUGUCCGUUAUCCGAUUGAGCAACAUAGAGUUCACGGACACUGGUGUCAAAAUAACGAUUACCGACUUCUUAAAAACAACGACUCCGUGUAAGGACCAAGUCGUUAUAAAGCUUCCUUCUUUGGAUACGAAUCCAGAAAUUUGCCCCGUUUCGACACUCCAACAUUAUAUAGACCUUACUAGUUCUCUCAGAGACGUAGACUCGGACAAACUACUUAUUUCUUAUAAAAAAUCACAUAACUGCGCCAGUAAUCAAACAAUAAGUCGCUGGAUCAGGCAAGUAAUGGCCGAAUGUGGGAUUGACGUAAAAAAGUUUACUCCUCACUCCACACGUCAUGCGUCCACGUCUCUGGCGCGUAGAGAAGGCGUAACUUUGGAUUGUAUAUUUAAGGCUGCGGGUUGGUCGACAGGUUCAAGCGUUUUUGCGAAUCAUUAUAAUAAACCUUUAUGUACCGAUGAGGAUAAUUAUAAUUUUUCAAGAGCCAUAUGUAACGUUAAGGUUUAAUGUUUAAUUAUAAUUAGUGAAACAUUUAAUUGAUAAUAAUUUAAUUAUUGAAUUGAUGUGGUAAAUCACAUUAAACUGAUUAUUUUUGAA